AUGCCUGUACAAAUCCUCCCACCACACUCGGCCAAAAUUUCUAUCAGUGGCGGUGAGCUAAAUGGGGAACGAGUGGACUCCAGUAAGAACUUCGUCGUAUUUCCCAUAUCCUCCGUUAUUUCGCCUUUUGGAGCAGGUCCUUCAUUCCUCGUGUCCAUUUUUUUCGAGUCCGGAUAUCUAGUAUACCCACGUCUGAUUAAUUAG